AUGAAAAAAAAUAAUGAAGAUUAACUCAAAAGUUUUUUUGAGUUUGGAAAAUUUAUGACUCAAAAUAAGGAUUAAUUUUCGAGUAUUGCAUAGAAUAUGCUUUCUACUAAGUAACUCCUAUAAAUAAAGCAGAAAGCAACAAUAUAAUAGGAAAUAGAAGAGUAAAGAAACUAUAUCAGCAGUCAUUCUCAUAACAUUAAAUAGACAGUAGCAGAUUAAAUUUCUUUAGCAAAUAAAUGCUCAUUGGGACUGGAAAAACUUAAAAAAAUAUAUUUAGAAGAUUUGGUUGUAAAUAAGCCCAUGGAGAAUUGUGUAGUUUACGUUAAGACAUUUUGCAAGCCAAGCAAAAUGAAUGCAAUUAACUUAGGAAUUGAAGAUGAAAAAAGCAAUUACAUUCAUAUCAGUCUUUACAACUCAGAAAAGUCAAACUGUGAUUUAAAAUAUUUGGAUUAAAAAUAUCCUUUGAAUCUUAAUUUAGCAAUAAAAAACCCUUAUAUGAAAAUGAAUGCUGUUGGCCAUGUUUUCUUGAGGAAUGAUAAUCCUGAAAAUAUCUUAUUUCUAAAUUCAAAUUAAUAAUAAGAUAAUGAUAAGUAACUAAAAGAAUUCAAUUCUUUGAAAUAAAAGGGUAACGAAUUAUUUAGCCAAAAAUAAUAUAAACAAGCUAUAGAGUUUUAUCUUAAAGCUAUUUAAUUUGCUUCAAGCAACGAAGAAAAAAUAAUAGCUACCUCAAACAUAUCUUAAGCACUUAUAUGCCAAAAUAAUUACUAAAAAGCUAUUUUUUAUGCUGACAGAGCUCUUGAGCUUGAUUAAACACACUAAAAGUCUCUUUUUAGGAAAGCUACUUCUUUGGUGGGGUUGUAUGAUUUUGAAAAAGCAUUAAAGGUAUUCGAGUAGUUGAAACCAAAUUAAGAAUGUGAAAAACAUAUGGAGGAGUGUAAGUAUAAGCUUAAUAAAUAAAAAAAUGGAUUCACUUAAGAUGAAAUAGCUGAAAUAAUUUAGAAAAAGCAAGGCCAAAAAUUGGUUAACUUUGUUGGAAAUAUUGAAAUAAGAAGAACCUAAAAGAUGGGCAGAGGAGUAUUUGCAACAAAAAGCAUCAGAAAAAAUGAAGUUAUUGCUGUUUGUGAAUUUGUUUAAGCAAAAAUAAAUAAAGGUGAAUUACUAGUGGAGUACAUAGACACAGAAAACUUAGCUGUCAAUUUAAAUAGUCAAUAUUUUAUAAGGGAAUAACUGAUAAUGGAAAUGCAAGAAAACUUCUACUUGAGAAAAGUUCUUUCCUAUUUAUAUAGAGGAGAAAUAAAUAAAGAUUAUUAAAUCCCUAACUUGAAAGAAGUUUUUGUCAAAAAAUAUUAUCAAGAAGGAUUAGAUGAUAAAAUUGAACUCACAGCCGAAGAUGUCAGUAAUAUAGUUAAUUACAAUACUUUUGGGAGUCGAAAUAGUACUUAGCUAAUCAUGCUAGCUAGUUUCUUUAAUCACAAGAACGUAAGUGAUGUUCUACUCAUAGAUGUAGAAGAUAAAGUAGUAAUAGUUUCAUAAAGAGAAAUUCAAAAAGAUGAAGAAAUAUUUAUUACUUACAUAAAUUAAAGUGAUAAAGAUAAAGAAUAAGUGGCUAAAGAUUUAUAAAAAUGGGGAAUCACAGAAGUUAAUUGA